AUGGCCAAAGUUGGUUUCAGUUCAACGCUCCUUUUCGCUCUAUCUAAGGCAGUGCUGCUGCUCGGUAUCACCGCCACCGCCGUGCAUGGCCAAGGCACGCGCCUCGGCUUCUACGCUACCACUUGCCCUCAAGUCGAAUCUAUUGUUGCAUCCACCGUCAGAUCCCAUUUUCUAUUAGAUCCGUCGAUGGCUCCUGGGUUGAUUAGAAUGCACUUCCACGACUGCUUUGUUCGCGGGUGUGAUGCUUCUGUGCUCAUUGCUGGCCCCAAUACUGAGAGAACGUCGGUGCCCAACCUUUCUCUAAAAGGAUUUGAGGUGAUCGACGAUGCCAAGUCGCAACUCGAAGCUGCUUGCCCUGGCAUCGUGUCAUGCGCUGAUAUUCUUGCUCUCGCGGCUCGUGACUCUGUGGUUUUGACGGAUGGAAUAGGUUGGGAAGUGCCCACUGGACGAAGAGAUGGUAGAGUUUCAUUGGCUUCAGAGGUGCGAUUGCCUAGUUUUACAGAUCCCAUACGAGUUCAAAAGCAGAAGUUCAGUGCUAGGGGUCUCAACACUCAAGACCUCGUUACUCUUGUAGGUGCCCACACCCUGGGCACCACAGCAUGUAGGUUCUUCAGCUAUAGGCUUUACAACUUCACCACCACCACCGCCACGGGCGCCGAUUCGACGAUCGAACCAUCGCUCGUGCCUCAACUGCGAGCCCUUUGCCCGGAGAACGGGGACGACUCGGGCAGGGCAGACCUGGACAUGGGCAGCCCGGACAUAUUCGACACGUCGUUCUUCUCAAACCUGAGGGACGGCCGUGGGAUCUUGGAGUCCGAUCAGAUGCUGUGGAGCGACGACUCCACUCGCGCUGUCGUCCAGCGGUACUUGGGCUUUAUKGGCCCAAUGGGCCGUUCCAGCUUCAGAGUUGAGUUUGGGAGAUCCAUGGUUAAGAUGGGCAAUAUUGAUGUCAAAACUGGGACUCAUGGUGAAAUUCGUACCAUCUGCUCUCGAGUUAACAAAUAAUAUCAACUUAUGUUAUAAUUAAGSAUGGUGAUGGGAUGUUUAUUUUUUGGGUUUUAUUUUCUUUAUAAGGUGAAAGCACACAAAGAGAAUACCUUCGUGUUUUUUCUUUUAACUUCUGACC